AUGGAGGGAGAAAGUAUCGGAGUGGAGAGAGAAGGUAUCGGAGUGGAGAGAGAAAGUAUAGGAGUGGAGAGAGAAAGUAUCGGAGUGGAGAGAGAAAGUAUCGGAGUGGAGAGAGAAAGUAUCGGAAUGGAGGGAGAAAGUAUCGGAGUGGAGAGAGAAAGUAUCGGAGUGGAGAGAGAAAGUAUCGGAGUGGAGAGAGAAAGUAUAGGAGUGGAGAGAGGAAGUAUCGGAGUGGAGAAAGAAAGUAUCGGAGUGAAGAGAGAAAGUAUCGGAGUGGAGAGAGAAAGUAUCGGAGUGGAGAGAGGAAGUAUCGGAGGGGAAAGAGAAAGUAUUGGUAUAGAGACAGAAAGUAUCGGAGUGGAGAGAGAAAGUAUCGGAGUGGAUAGAGAAAGUAUCGGAGUGGAGACAGAAAGUAUCGGAGUGGAGAGAGAAAGUAUCGGAGUUGAGAGAGAAAUUAUCGGAGUUGAGAGAGAAAUUAUCAGAGUGGAGAGAGAAAGUAUCGGGGUGAAGAGAGAAAGUAUCGGAGAGGAGAGAAAAGGUUUCAAAUUGGAGAGAGAGAGUAUCGAAGUGGAAAGAGAAGUUAACGGAGUGUCGAGAGAAGGUAUCAAAAAAGACUGGAUUGUCAUCGGGUCGCAGAGGAACUUUAUCAAAGUUAAGAGGGAUAGUAUCGGAGGAGAGAGGGAAUUACUGGAGUGGAGAAGAAACAUAUCGUAG